AUGGCGCUACUUCUAUGGCAAACUCUAAAAGAAGCGAUUCAUGCUUACACAGGUCUCUCCCCGGUCGUCUUCUUCACCGCCCUUGCUCUCGCCUUCGCCAUUUACCAAGUCGUCUCAGGCUGGUUUGCUUCACCGUUCGAUGACGUUCGCCGCCAUCAGAGGGCUAGAUCGUCGGCUGCAGAGGAAGCGCCACCGGUUCCUCAGCCUGUUCAGGUCGGAGAGAUUACAGAGGAUGAGCUUAAGCAGUACGAUGGCUCCGAUCCUCAAAAGCCCCUUCUUAUGGCCAUCAAACAUCAGAUCUAUGAUGUAACACAAAGCAGGAUGUUCUAUGGACCAGGAGGACCGUAUGCUCUAUUUGCAGGAAAAGACGCAAGCCGAGCGCUUGCAAAGAUGUCAUUUGAGGAGAAAGAUUUGACUUGGGAUAUCUCUGGUCUUGGUCCCUUUGAGCUUGAAGCUCUUCAGGACUGGGAGUACAAGUUCAAGAGCAAGUAUGCCACCGUUGGCACCGUCAAAGUGACCAGUUCAGAAGCUGCAUCUGUGUCUGAACCCGCAGGGACUGAUGACAGAGACGCUCAUGUAACUGAGCAAGAGCCGACAGUUGUGGAUACGAAUCAUGAGACUCCUGCUGAGAGUGAUGUGAAGAACGAGUAG